UGGAUAAUCAUACAGCAGAGAAUAGAUGGAAGUUUGUCAUUUGAACAGAAGUGGGGUGCAUAUAAGAGCGGGUUCGGUAACAUAAGUGAGAACUUUUGGUUCGGAUUAGAAAAGAUGCACUUGCUGACAACCACCAAGCCGACACUUCGCAUAGAAGUUUUGACGACAGAUGGUCUCUGGAGGUCAGAUCACUACAAAGAUUUCCAAGUCCAGUCGGAAGGUGAAGGCUACAAGCUGCACGUUGGUGGCUACUACGGUGACAGUGGUGACGUCAUAACGAAGAGUUCGGCGGGGGGGCUGGACAUGCAGGACAUGAAAUUUUCUACAUUUGAUAAGGACAACGAUGCUUGGAAGGGCGGGGAAUGUGCUGACGUGAGUGCAAGUGGCUGGUGGUUUCAGAACUGUUACAGCAUCAAUUUGAAUGGCAGAUAC